CAGCGGCACAGCGGUUCUUCCCCCUGCGGCUUGGCUGCUUGUUUAAGAAUAAAUCGUCCCGAUCCACGCUUCCCCUUCUUCUUCUCCCGCUCCGGCUCUGAUCGCAUUUUAGCCACGCAUAAUGCCGGGGGUAGGAUCUAGCUGUCGCGUCCUGGGUGGACCUGGGAGGCGAACAGGCUCGGGAGUCCUGGAAGCGGAUCCAAAGAGCUUUCGAACAAUCUGCCCGGCCAAGCCAGCACUGGCGCGGCUCUGCCCAAGUCGAUGCGACUUCUCUCCCUUUAAUUAUGCAUAGCCCGGGAUAUUUUUGUGCUCCGAGGGUUUUAAUAGCACUGGCAUUGACAGUGCUCCAGGAGUGCGUCCGAUGGCUCCUUUCCUCUCUCCCCAGCUCCGAUCCCCGGAGCUGCACGUUCUGCCCAGUGCUCCCAGCAUCGGCCACACGCAGCCAUCACCCGUGGACCAGAUCAGAUGAGGAGAAGGACUUGAUUUUAUUUUUUUCUGGAGGCAGAGAGAUUCUCGCCGGGACUUUCCAUGGGACGGACCCGGGGCCUGGAGGGCGCUCUGCGGUGCUGGGGGAGAAGCGGUGGCCGCGGAAAGUCCGAGAUGCCGGACUCGCUGGUGUCUAUACACACGCAAUGGCAAUAUCGAUUCAAAAUGCGUCUCGGCGCGGCCCGGGUCCGCGUGGGGAGGACACGCCACGCAGAGCCGUCUCGGGAAGGGGAUCUGCUGGCUGUGACUUCUCGCUGCCAGCCCGGCUUUAGCUCUGAACUCAGCGGAACCGUCUUAUUUACAGUCACUUCCCAAACUAAACACAAUAGUAUAAUUUAACCUUUGGAAGCACUCGUAAAUUUUUACUGCUGUGAAACACAGCGAUGCAAAUGAACACGCUCGUAGUUACUGACUUAAUAACAACCCCGUGGCUCCUGCAACAAUAACUCCUUAUGAAAUAUAAUAAAUAUAGAUUUAAAUACAGUACGCCGCCACUGCUAUUUUGCUUUCUUUAUGGCUUCAAUUAUUGUAUAAUUUUAUGUGAAGGUCUCCGAUCACCGGGAUUUCGCAGGGAACGCGCCCCACUGAUGGGAUGAUUAAUUGUGAUAUAAAAUAGUCCGCUUAAAAAGGGGGAGUCCUACCGAAUCCGAUCUUUUAAUCUCCGCUGGCCACAAUUAAAACAAACUUUAUCGUACCCCUCCAAUACCCCUUUGCAUAAAAACAUAUGGCUGCGCUAUAAAAAUUAUGACUGGAAAACACUGACCCAUUAAUAGCCUGCGGACUGAUUUAUACUUUAUUGUUCUGCUGCCCAAGCACGUGACUGCGGCAGCCAAUGGGCUGACAGGCAGCCUUCAACUUAUUAGGUGACUGUACUUCUUCGCAAGGACCAAGUUGUUACAUGAAAUCUGCAGUUUCAUAAUUUCGGCCGGUGCCGCUCCGUGUGUGUCGUAUGGCCAUGUCGACGUCAGGGACCCUCAGCAAUUAUUACGUGGACUCGUUCCUCAUUCACGAGAGCGAAGACCUGGUGCCGUCCAGAUAUGCCUCUGCUCCACUGGCCCAGCCACCGAGACAGCCCGCCCUGAGCGAGCACCCCGAAUUCGCCCCCUGCAGUUUUCAAUCCAAAACUUCAGUCUUUAGCACGUCCUGGAGCCCCGUGCACCCGCCGAGCGCCGGGAACGUGCCCACUGUGUACCACCCGUAUGUGCAUCACCAGGCACCAAUGGCAGCGCCUGACGGCAGGUACAUGCGGUCGUGGCUGGAGCCCAUGCCGGCCUCGCUGUCCUUCCCCGGGUUACCUUCCAGCAGGCAUUACGGCAUUAAACCUGAACCGCUGGCGGCCAGAAGGGGUGACUGUACCACGUUUGACACUCACACUCUGUCUCUGUCUGACUAUGCUUGUGGUUCUCCUCCAGCUGAUAGGGAUAAGCAAAGCCACGAAGGUGCGUUCUCGGAAAGCAACGGAGAAAGCGAGCCCAGCGGAGAGAAACCCCAGCUGGAUCCAAAUAACCCUGCUGCGAACUGGCUCCACGCGAGAUCCACCCGAAAAAAGCGAUGUCCUUACACCAAGCACCAAACGCUGGAACUGGAAAAGGAGUUUUUGUUCAAUAUGUAUCUCACUAGGGACCGCAGAUACGAAGUGGCGAGGCUGCUCAAUUUAACUGAGAGACAAGUGAAAAUCUGGUUUCAGAACAGGAGGAUGAAAAUGAAGAAAAUCAACAAAGACAGAGCAAAGGAUGAAUGAUGAGGAUGACACCCAGGUUCACUGAAGGGCGGGGUGGGGGGGAAAUCCUCCCCUCGAUCCCCACUACCCAAUGCGACUGUUUGGGCCUCAUGUUUGUUGUGGCAAUUUCUGAUCCUUAGUGUACCUUCUAACAGUAGCAUGGAGAUGUCGCUUUGCCAGUGCUAUUCAGGAGGUACUGUAACACUUUUUCAUUUUAUAAUAGGAAAGCAAAAAAAAAAAAAAAAAAAAAAAAAAAAGGGAAAAAAAAGAAAAGAAAAAAAGGGGGCAUUAUUGCGGAAGGCUGUUGGUUGGCUUGUAUAAAUCUACCUGUUUCUUCACGUACGAAAAAAAUCAAAAAACAAAAAAACUACCUUUUCAUAAUGCACAACUAUUUACGGACUGUAUAGUUUAGCCUACGUAGUUAAUUUUAUUUGCUCUUUGCGCGGCAGAGAGAGGUCUGCUAUGAUACUUGAACACUGUGUUUUAUUGUGGUAAUUAUGUUUGUGACUCAAUUUAUGUGCUUGGGUGCUGUACCAGAUGUGAUUGUGUAAGCUAGAAUUCAAUUUGAACUCAGGUUGUUUAUGAUAAAAAAGUUGCAUAGAGUAUAGCUCUGUAGUGUAAUAAGUCUUUUAUGUAUAAUUAGACAGUUAACCUUUGAUUGUAAGCAAAAUAUAUAUAUAUAUCCCAAUUUAAACACAAAAAAGAAGGAAAAAAGUCUGUCCGGGAUGUCUAGGAAUUACGGUUCUCAAACUCGUUCCAAGCAAGUCAUUUUAGUAUGCACAGUUGAUAUAUAUAUAGUACUGUCUUUGUCAGUUGUAUAUAUAAUCUAUAUAUUAAAGAAAAAGUAAAUAAACGGACUAGCUUAAAUAUUGUUUUUGCACCAGUGAGCAGUUAUCAGAUAUCGGAGCUAUACAUAUAUGUGAAAAGGGUAACUACCUAUGGUUUACGUUUUAAUUUUAAUCAAAUAAUUUGAUGCUUAUUGUAAUGGAGUUUAAUUUUAUUGAUAAUAAAUUAUACACAAUAAAAACCUACAUUGGGUUAUUGUAGAUUUGUAUCGAUGAUAAAAAAUUGGGAAGUUAUGUUUAUGCAGAACAUACACUGUAUAUUUUGCAAUAGUUACCUCAUGGCCUACUGACCAAAUUGUUGUGUUGAAAUGAUAUUUAACUUUUUGCCAAAUAAAAUAUAUUGAUUCUUUUA